UGUCAAAACAUAUGGACAAAAAUUCUAACCAGUAAUUAUCCAACAAAAAAAACUACACCGGUUUUAAUUUUGUCUAGGAAAAUUGCAAAAUUUUCACAGGAAAAAUUGAUUUGGACUGCUCAAAAAAAGUGACAUGUCUCAAAGUGGUCUCACAAAGCUAGUGCAUUGUGCCCUUCGUGAUGUUGGUAAACGAUGCUACACAAUUGGUAAACAACAACAACGUGCACUUAGCUAUGUAGUGCCACUGGCAACUACUACAUCAAUAAGUCACAACCAUGCGGCAAAGGCCUUACUAUGGAAUGCUGGACACAAUAAACAUCUUUACAGCACAGACACUACAAAAAAACCUGCAAGUCCAGAAAUUUUGUCUAAACUAUUUCCCCAAACAGCGACUAAUGUGGAUGAGGAAACAGAACGUGAACGCAAACGCAAGGAGGAAGAGGAUGCCAAGGAAAAUGAGAAGGCAUGGAAACGUAUGAAAUUGGGUUUUGCUGUUUUUGGCGGUUCUGGUGUGGCAUUAGCCGUUUGGGCCGUUUAUGAAUUUGGCAAACCGGAGGUUGAUAUCGAUGGUCAUAUUAUUGAGGAUGAAUUCAGCAAAAGUCCCAUUGUUCAACAAUAUUUACAACGUAUGUGGAAAUCCAUGAAUUAUUAUCAGAAAAUGAUACAAGAACCUUCGAGAGAAAAACUAUUGCCAGAUCCUCUAAAGCCUCCCUACAUACAACCACCAUAUACUUUGGUUCUGGAAAUGAAGGAUGUUUUAGUACAUCCCGAUUGGACCUAUCAGACUGGUUGGCGUUUCAAGAAACGUCCCGGUGUAGAUGUUUUCUUGCAGGAAUGCUCCAAACACUUUGAAAUUGUUGUCUUUACCGCCGAACAAGGCAUGACGGUAUUUCCCAUUUUAGAUGCUUUAGAUCCAAAUGGCUACAUUAUGUAUCGUUUGGUACGUGAUGCAACGCAUUUCAUUGAUGGUCAUCAUGUGAAGAAUUUGGAUAAUUUAAAUCGAGAUUUGAAAAAGGUUAUUGUUAUUGAUUGGGAUCCAAAUGCAACACAAAUGCAUCCAGAUAAUUCAUUUAACAUUGCACGUUGGAAGGGUAAUGAUGAUGACUCUCAACUCUUCGAUUUGAUAAAUUUCUUAAAAGCCAUUGCAACUACUGAUGUUGACGAUGUUCGUGAAGUUUUACAUUAUUAUCGCCAAUUCGAAGAUCCCAUUAUGAAAUUCCGCGAAAAUCAAGCAAAACUAUUGGAACAAAUGCAAGAACGCGAGCGCGAAGAACAAACCAAAUCUAAACCAAUUGUUAAGAAUUGGUCAAGGAAUUUUUUGGGACGUUAAAAACUUAAUAGCCUUAAUUUUUCCUUAUAGCUUUAAAUAUUCUUUCAACCACUAUAAGCACCAAAUAACAAAUUUGUUCAUAUGGUAAAAAAAAAUGGAACGUUUUUUAUCCAUACAUACAUUAUUCAUUUCUGUUUUUCUUUUUUAACUUAUAAAAUACAAUAAAAAUGACUUGUAAUAUUAGUCAUUUACUGCAUAAUUUCUUUAAUGACAUUUUUACCCUCAUAUUUAGUGAUCGUGCUGUGGUGUUGCAGCCAUAAUUAACGUAUUUUGUUACAUUGAAUUCGAACUUUAUAUUGUUUAUUUAUAAGAUAAUGUUUAACAUAAAAAUAACAGAAAUUCCAAAAACAAACAAAAAUUAAUAAACAACAUUUCAAAUAAAA